CCCUUGCCUUGCCUUGCCUUGCUUUCCUUUUGCAUGCCAUGGCAGAUCACUUCACUGAUUUCUUCACUCCUUAUUAUCUGCAGUGCGCCCACUGUCCUCCUCUCCGGGAGGAGGCCCUCCCCCUGCUCAGCCUCCGCCCGCCCGACCCCGACGCGGAGGGAGCAGGCUGCUGCGCGGAGAGCGAUCGGAGCCGCGAGAAAGCACUCGCAGUGACUCUUCACAUCGGCCUUCCGAGUGGCAGUAGCACUGCGUCUACAACUACUAUUACUGCUGCUGCCGCUGCAGAUCGAGUGGAGGUAGAUCUUAAUGAUAAGCAUAGUUGUGACAGUGAAGACGAGAAGGAAUUAGGGCACCCUAAUUCGAUCCAGAUAGGGAUAGGGAGGCUGAACAAGGGGCAGUACUGGAUCCCUACCCCUGCCCAGAUUCUUAUUGGACCUACGCAGUUCUCCUGCCCUGUCUGCUACAAGACUUUCAAUAGAUACAACAACAUGCAGAUGCAUAUGUGGGGCCACGGAUCGCAGUACCGGCGGGGCCCGGAGUCGCUGCGGGGGGUUCAACCGACGGCGAUGCUCCGGCUACCAUGCUACUGCUGCUCGCCCGGAUGCCGGAACCACAUCGACCACCCGCGCGCGAAGCCGCUCAAGGACUUCCGCACCCUUCAAACCCACUACAAGCGCAAGCACGGCGCCAAGCCCUUCGUCUGCCGGCGCCGUCCCAACGACUGCCGCAAGGCCUUCGCCGUCAAGGGCGACUGGCGCACCCACGAGAAGAACUGCGGCAAGCUCUGGUACUGCGCCUGCGGCUCCGACUUCAAGCACAAGCGCUCGCUCAAGGACCACGUCAAGGCCUUCGGCCACGGCCACGCCGCCGUCGAAGGCGCAGCUCCUUUCAAUCCUCUGGAGGCGCCGCCGCCACUGCCGGAGGAGGAGGAGGAGAUGGAGGAAGACGAGGAGGAGGAGAGAGAGCCAUCGUCAGGGGUCGAACAUGCACCGUUUUGAUUGGUUAAUUAAUCAGUUAAUUCUAAUUAAUAAUUAAUAAUUAAUAAUUAGAAGCAUGCUAUAUAUGAUUAAUUAGUUUGCUUGGUUUUGUAAUUGUAUGUCUUAAUGUUGCACUGAAAUCAAAUAUGCAUGCAUGAUCAUGUUUUAUAAUCAACUAUGUAUAAAAUGCUAGCUCUUUGAAAAGAUAUU